AGUCAGCACCAAACAGAUAGCAAAACAAAGUCUUGUUCUCUUUUCUUUUCCAAAAGAACCCAUCUUCCUCAAUCUAAAGGCAUUAUUUUCGGAUCACAGCCCUGUUUUUGAAUAACCCAUCUGGAGGCUCGCCUUUGCAUCUGAUCCGAGAAUCUCAAUCCUAAGUACCCAUUAAAUUCUCUAGUAAAUAGCCUGAAACGAUGACGAGAAUUACACGUGACUUUGGUGAUACAAUGCAAAAGGGGGCUUUGCCUACAGUUUCAGCUGAUGUGGUGUUUGCCACUUGUCGGUUUCCUAGUUACAGAAUUGGAGCUAACAAUCAGAUCAUUGAGACGAAGGAUGACCCGAAAAUGAUAUCCAUGAAGGAGGUCGUUGCGCGUGAGACUGCCCAGCUUUUGGAGCAGCAGAAGCGUCUAUCUGUUCGCGAUCUCGCCAAUAAAUUUGAGAAGGGUUUGGCUGCUGCAGCUAAGUUGUCUGAAGAGCCUUUAUUGUGGCUGAUAUACUUGAAAAUUCAGGCUAGACUUAGAGAAGCAGCAUCGUUGGAAAAACAUGUUCUUUUGAAGAAGCUUAGAGAUGCCCUUGAAUCCUUAAAAGGACAUGUGGCAGGUAGAAACAGGGAUGAUAUAGUGGAAGCCAUCGCCAUGGUUGAAGCUCUGGCAGUUCAGUUGACUCAAAGGGAAGGGGAAUUAAUUCAAGAGAAGUCAGAGGUGAAGAAACUGGCAAGUUUUCUUAAGCAGGCUUCUGAAGAGGCCAAGAAACUUGUAGAUGAGGAAAGGGCUUUUGCUCGUGCUGAAAUAGAGAAUGCCAGGGCAGCAGUUCAGAGGGUGGAAGAGGCUCUGCAAGAACAUGAGAGAAUAUCUCAAGUCACAGGGAAGCAGGACCUGGAACAAUUGAUGAAGGAGGUUCAAGAGGCUCGAAGAAUCAAAAUGCUGCAUCAGCCAAGCAAGGUUAUGGAUAUGGAGCAUGAGCUUCUAGCAUUGAGGGCUCAACUUUCAGAGAAGUCUAGACAUUAUGUGCGACUCCAAAAAGAGCUAGGAAGGAUAAAGAGGGGUGGAGAAAAUGUUGCCCAUUUGUAUGAACUAGAAGGGACUGAAGUAUUAGGUUCAUAUUUAGAAAUUCAACCCUACUCCGAGAAUGCCCCUGGUCUUUCAAAAUGUUCAAUUCAGUGGUACCGCAUAUUGUCCGAAUGUGCUAAAAGGGAACUUAUUUCAGGAGCUACCAAAUCAGUCUAUGCCCCUGAACCUUUUGACGUUGGACAUGUAUUACAAGUUGAUAUUGUUUCAGGAAGCCAGAACAUCACAUUGUCAACCACUGGUCCAAUUGAUCCAGCUGCUGGUUUGGGGACCUAUGUUGAGGCACUUGUGCGUAAACAUGAUACUGAAUUCAAUGUGGUUGUAACUCAUAUGAAUGAUUCACAUCCUUCAAGUGAAUCUAUCCACGUCCUUCAUGUUGGGAAAAUGAGGAUGAAGCUUUGUAGAGGAAAGGCAACUAUUGCCAAAGAAUACUAUUCAAGUUCCAUGCAGCUAUGUGGAGUUAGAGGAGGCGGGAAUGCUGCAGCCCAGGCGGUAUUUUGGCAAGCAAAAGAAGGGCUUUCUUUCAUAUUAGCAUUUGAAACAGAGCGUGACAGGAAUGCGGCUCUUAUGCUUGCCAGGAGGUUUGCAUUUGACUGCAAUAUUACUCUUGCUGGGCCAAACGAUAGAUCUAGAGCAGCAGACGAUAGAUUGCCAUCUUGGUCGUGAUGAACUUCAGAAAAUUUUUUCUCCUCUUCUGUAAUUACUCAAGUUUUCCUAGCUUGUAUUAUAAGUGUGCAUCAGCAAAACAUGGCUUCUUAUGAUGGAACAUUCAUGCCUGGCUUCUUGGAGUUGGACAGAAUCUCUGUGUCAUUAUUCUCCUUCACCAAACACCAAGGCAUUUUUUUUGGGUUUGCCUUUGUGAGUGGUAGCUGACAAAUUUGUAGGGCUUGCAUUGUAAAAUUUAUGGAAUCUAUAUUCAGUGCUUGAGAUGCUAAUUUACUGUAUUUUGAUUGAUUCCUCAUCAGUUACUGUCGAAACCCUCCAAAGUUGCAUUUACCUUUUGUAAUUUA